AGCCAUUUUGGCUCAUGCCUUUCCGUAGGCCCCCCGCUCCUGGACCUUGUCCCCAGCCGUACCCUGCGACCCCAGAUUCACGGGGCAGCGCGGCGGGCGGGGGGGACUUGGGGGAGCGGGGCUUUGGGCUUAUGGGCACAAUGGCUGCGGGAGGGUGUGGCUUCUCACAUCCACAUGGGGCUGCAGAGGGUCGGUGUGCUAGGAGGGCGCGUGCACGGGAGUCCGCAGACAGGCUCGUGCGUCGGCUCUCGCAGCAGCUGGGCGACCUCAAGCAGCAGCAUGACGUCCUUUGGGAUUCUCUCGAGCUCUUCUUCGGCGAUGCGGAGCUGGCCCAGCGCGUGUUCGCGGUCAUUCCCGCCCUGGAGGCCCUGAUUGCUGGCCGGUGGCCGGAGAGGGUUGAUGCCCUUCGCCGGAAUGUAGCCCUACAUGCCGAGGCUGCAGAAAUCAACGUAUUGACGGCCACGCCGCAGCAGCUCCGCAAGGCCCAGCGCCGACGGCGCUUGGGGCCGCAAGCUGAGCAGCCGCAGCAGGUUUUGCGGGCAGAUGCUGUGCCUUUCUCUCCUUCGACAGGAUCUUGGGAGCAACUGCCGCACUUCCCCAUGACCAUCGAGCGUGGCGAGGGCUAUCGAUGCACAUGUGGCACGGUGGCCUUCUCGAGCGUGGCGAUUGGCGCGAGAGCGGUGCGCCGCCUGCCGCAGGGCGAUGUCGGGUUCUGCUCUGGUCCUUCGGCCCCUGCGGCCGUCGGGGCACCCGACGCGGCGGUCGAGGCCUCUGGCGCCGACCCCAAGGGGGCGUGAUCGGAGCCCUGGGGGCUUGGGAGCGUUUCCCGCGAGCCCUCGGUACUCAGUGAGGCUGGCGCGGUUGCCAGACAACAGGAAUCGUCGCCUGUUUCUGAAAGCUAACGGCCGUCUUCGUGCGCGAGACCGAGGCGCUCGGCCUUUUGCUCGUAUCUCUGGCGUUGGACCCCCGCAGGAGGCGGAAUACCAGCUGCAGCGGCGUCGCUCGAUGCUCUCUCUCUUUGAAGGUAGGUUGUUGUGAUCGGACGCUGUUUACAUUUUAGCUUCGGAUUGUUGUUGCCGCAUGGAUUGGUUCACUGCUGAACGUGGCUUCCUGGUCUCAAUCGAGUUAUUGAAUGUGGCUUAUUGGCAUUUGAUUAUCACCAUCGCUUUGCUGCAACAUUUCGUCGCUACAUGUCUCUGGUUUCUUCACUGCUACAUCCUGUCAAUAACGCAGGCAUCGAUAUCGUUUUCUGUUUGAGCACAGGCUGCUUCAAGGAAACACUUUUCAUGAGGCGCACCUUCAGCCACCGGCCGCCCCACACCCUAAACAGCGAUGUUUACAUGUUUGGGCCCCUCUGGCUUGUGUAGCUGUUGAGGGUCUCUGACCUCUCCCUCCUCUUCCUCAGUAGAAAUGCAAUAUCAGGCAUGUCUGCACAGCCUGCGGAUUUCUCGA